AUGGAGAAUUUGAGUUCACAUGUUGUACUAGAAAUACUAUCUCGAUUACCCAAGACCAGGGAAGGAAUCAAAUCCAGCUUACAAUGCAGAAAAGUAUGCGGACUAUGGCGAAAUCUCUUGGGGAAACCCAAGACAGGUAUGCUUUUCGCAGUUAUGCCUAGAUAUCAUUGGGAUAUCAAACUUUACUACAAAGAACAAUCUACUGAGAUGUUAAAUUUCAAGUGCACCGAAAAACAACUAGAUUUUUACGAGACAAUUACAGAUAUACGGACUAUGUGUAUUAGGGAGAGGGACUUCAGCCUGGUUGGUUCUUGCAAUGGUUUGGUAUGUUACAGAACUCAUGAUUACACACUCGGUAUUUUUAUAUACAUUCUCAAUCCCAUCACUGGUGAACAAAUUCGUCUUCCCAAGAUGGUUCCAUAUUGCAAGUGUGCUGCAUUCGGAUAUUGUCCCUCCAUCAACCCCUUCACUGUUCCCAAGAUGGUUCCAUAUUGCGGGUGUGCUGGAUUCGGAUAUUGUCACUCCACCAAUGUGUACAAAAUUGUCCAGAUUUGUUUCUUUGGAAAUUCCAAGGGACGCGUCGUAGUUUACACUCUUGGUGAUGGCAUGGGGUGGAGAGAAUUAGGAAAAACUACCUAUGAGUUCCUGGAGUCGGGCAUUUUUGCUCAUGGGGCUCUUUAUUGGUUAAAUAAGAAAUCUAAAUAUUCUGUUGUGGCUUUCGAUUUAGAAGAUGAAACAUUUCAAGAUAUCCCAUCACCACCUUGUCAUCAUAUUCCAUCUGAUUCCUAUAUGAAAGUUAUUCUUGGGUCGCUCGGAGGGAAUCUGUACAUGCUUCGUAGUUACUACAAGGAAGGUGAACGUAUGAUGGAUGUAUUUAUAUUCAAGAAGAAAAACAUGAACGACUGUGCUACUCGUGUAAAAGAGCGUGCAUACUUUAACUCUUAUAGGUGGAUCAAUGUGUUUCGCGGAAAAUGGGAUUCAGACUUAACCCAGAAUUGUCAACUAUUAUCCCUGACAGAGAGUGAAAUUCUGCUAUUUCAGAAUGGCGUUCUCUCUUGUUAUCACCCUACAACUUUUAAGAAAAUAUGGUAUGCUUACGCAGGAGGAGAUUUUUGUCAAUCAAUUCCCUAUAUGCAUACCGUUGUUUCGUUGAAAUAUCUUGGAGAAGAGCUAGUCGAUUGUGAGGAUCCACGUCAGAUUGAACAACAAGGUGGAGGAUGGCAAACUCAGCAGCAACAACAACAGUCACGCCAUUACCAAGGUCAAAGCCAGUGUAGAAUCGAGAACAUAAACGCACAAGAACCUAACCGCCGUGUUGAGUCCGAAGCUGGUGUUGUGGAAUUUUGGGAUCAGAAUAACGAACAAUUCGAAUGUGCUGGAGUCGCCCCUACUCGAUAUAUUAUUCAGCCUAAUGGACUUCUCUUGCCAUUUUUUGUUAAUGCACCAAGACUUGUCUACAUUGUUCAAGGUAGGGGUAUGUCUGGAGCUCUUAUCCCUGGCUGUCCUGAAACAUUCCACUCAAUCCGACAGUCUGCACAACUAAGAGCAGGAAGAAGCCAGCAACAGGGAGCUAGAGAUCAACAUCAAAAGAUCCGUAGCAUUAGACAAGGAGAUAUCUUGGCUUUACCUGCUGGAGUAACUCAUUGGUUGUACAACGAGGGUGAGACCCCACUUGUUGCUGUCUCCCUUCAUGAUACAAGCAGUAAUGCUAACCAGCUCGAUCGCAAUCUCAGGAGAUUUCAAUUGGCCGGAAGCCAGCAAACACAAACUACCUCAUACCAACAACGACAACAACAGCGUCAACAAGUAAGAGGCCAACAACAAGAUAUCCCAGAAAACAACAUCUUCAAUGGCUUCAAUGUCGAAACUUUGGCUGAGGCUUUUGGAGUGAGCACCGAGACCGCAAGGAAACUACAAGGACAAAAUGACCAGAGAGGUAACAUUGUCUUUGUCGAAGGAGGGCUUCGAGCUAUCAGACCACAACAAGGAGAAGAUGAAGAGGAACGAGAACAACGUUACAGGACCGCAAAUGGGGUAGAGGAAACUAUUUGCAGCAUGAGACUCAAGCAGAACAUUGCCAAUCCAACAAGAGCUGAUAUUUACUCGGAAAAAGGUGGAAGAAUCACUACUCUCAACAGUCAGAAGUUGCCCAUCCUUAACUUCCUUCAAAUGAGUGCCGAGAGAGGAGUUCUUUACCAGAACGCUCUACACGCACCACACUGGCACUCGAACGCCCACAGCGUAAUCUACGUCACCAGAGGAAGCUGUAGGUGUCAAAUUGUAGGUAACCAAGGCCGCCAAGUCUUCGACGGACAACUUAACCAAGGCCAGAUGUUGGUUGUUCCUCAAAACUUCGCCGUGGUUAAACAAGCUGGAAAUGAAGGAUUCGAAUGGGUAUCAUUCAAGACUAACGACAACGCUAUGGCAAUUCCGUUGGUCGGUAAGACUUCUGUAUUAAGAGCCAUGCCCGUAGAUGUGUUGAUGAAUGCUUACCAAAUCUCAAGAGAAGAAGCACAGAGGUUGAAGUAUAACAGACAAGAAGAGACAAUGGUACUUACCCCAGGAUCUAGAUCUCAGGUUAGGGCUUCUGCUUAAGCGUAUAUAUAAGGCGCAUGAAUUGGUUCAUUUUGCAGAGGUUUAGGUACGGCAUUAGUACUUAGUGGUAAUAAAUCUGAUCCUCAU